AUCCUCACCUCCAAGGCAACGCUUUACAAAAACUCUCUCUCUCUCUCUCUCUCUCUCUCUCUCUCUCUCUCUCUCUCUCUCUCUCUAUCUAUCUAUCUAUCUCUAUCUCUCUAUCUCUUUCUCUAUCUAUCUAUGCAUCAAGGACAAGAAGCCAUGGGAAGAACUUAUUACGGCGCUCCAAUCCCUCCAGAGCAGCACUAUGAGCAAAGACACCGCAGUUGCUACUGUUGUCUCCUCAGCACCCUUAUCAAAACCAUCAUAGCCUUCUGUUUAGCUCUUGGCAUCACCCUCCUAGUCCUUUGGCUAGUCUUUCGCCCCAGCAAGGUCGAAGUUAGCGUGGAGAAGGCCUCCCUCACGAGCUUCAAUCUAACCACCAGCCCCACCAAUCUCUACUACAACCUUAGUGCCGAUAUCAGCAUCCGGAACCCUAACAAGAGGAUUGGAAUAUGUUAUGAUUGGCUCGAAGCCGACCCCUACUACCAGGGCCACAGGUUUGAUUGGGAAGCACUCCCCUCCUUCUACCAAGGCCACAAGAACACAACCAUGCUGUACCCAGUCUUGAAGGGGAACUCGGCUAUUGGACUGGGAGAUUCGGAAAUCGAGGAGUUCAAGAAGGAGAACGAGACCAGCUUCUUUAACGUGGACAUCUGGCUCAUUGGGCAGGUACGAUACAAGUUUGGAUCGGUGACCACAAGGCGAUACACCAUGAGAGUGAAGUGCGAGUUGGGACUUCCUUUAGCUGCUCAUCGAACUUCAGGUGCCUCCAGCUUUACAAGGACCGAGUGCGAUGUUGUGGAUUACUAAUUUCAUUUCAAUUCAUAUUGUCCUUUAUUUUGUUGAUAAAUUUCAUUCUCUUAAAUUUUUUUUAUUUAAGUAAUAUUCUUCUGCUAUUGUUAUUGCGUAUAGGUUAA